AUGGCUUCUCGCUACCAGAGUGUUGCUGUGAUUGGGGGCGGCCCGUCGGGAAUCUCAGCUGUCAAGGCCCUCCAAGAAGAGAAAAUAUUCAAGACAGUGCGUCUUUUCGAGCGCCGAGACCGCGUCGGUGGAAUUUGGCAUUAUGACCCGGUCCCCGAUGUUUUCCCUCUCAAAACACAGGCAGAUUCAAAGCCGACAAGCAUUCCGUCAAAACUUCCACACCUAUCGCCUCCAACUCCGGAGGAUGUUACUGCUCGAACGGCGAUCUACGAUACUCUUGAUAGCAAUGUCGGUGCAAAGGCAAUGUCCUUUUCUCAUACCCCAUUCCCGCCUGUGAACUCAGCUCACUCCACGAAAUACCUUGGACAUUCCAACCCUACGAGGCCCUUUCGUGUGGUUGCAAAAUAUCUUGAAGACCUGUUCAAAGAUUAUCUCCAUCUAGCUUCCUUCAAUACCACUGUCGUGAAGGCGGAGAAAAAGUCUGGAAAAUGGAAUUUGACCCUGCGACAGUCUGGACAUUUAGUCAAUGGCGAAUUGAAGGACUAUUGGUGGGAAGAACAAUUCGAUGCAGUGAUUGUAGCAUCUGGACAUUACAGUGUUCCUUUCGUUCCCGAAAUCCCCGGGCUGAAGAAUGCCGUCGCUAAAUAUCCGAACCACUUCGAACAUUCGAAAGAAUUUCGCAAUCCCGAUGACUACGUUGAUAAGAAGGUGCUGGUUGUUGGUGGGAACGUGUCUUCUGCGGACCUCGUGGCCGACCUUCAUGCCAUUGUCAAAGCGCCCCUAGAGCUCUCCCAGCGAGGCCACAACGAGGCCCUGGAUUCGGCUUGGAAUUUACCGCAUGUCAAGGUGCGGCCAACCGUGAGCGAAAUCAAAACAUCGACUCGGGGAAUCAAUGUGCAUUAUUCAGAUGGAUCGGUGACCGAAAGCGUGGACAAAGUCCUCUUCGCUACUGGCUAUAAGCUGUCGUAUCCAUUCAUCACACCAGAUCCGGUAACUCCCAACAACCGUGUGGCCGGAUUCUAUCAGCAUAUAUUCAAAAUCGGCGAUCCAUCGCUUGCAUUGGUUGGACAAGUCCGUGCAGCUAUAAGCUUUCGAGUUUACGAGUAUCAAGCCGUUGCUGUUGCUCGAUAUUUUGCAGGCAGAAACAAGGCAUCUUUACCUUCGCCUAGAGAGCAAGAUCAGUGGGAAGUAGACCGAUUGCAAUACAAAGGGAAUUCGCCGAUAUUUCACGAAAUCAAACCCGACUUCAAGGAUUACUUUGAUUUCUUAACGGAAUUGGCUGGUCCACCCGCACCGGAAUCGAAUAGUUAUUUAUUGGCACCGUGGGAAGACAAAUGGGCAGAAUAUGCAUUCGAAAUUUUGCAAUUGAAGGACAAGUACUGGAGAUCGUUGCACAGGAAGAAAGAAGAUUUUGUGUCGGCUAAGCUGUGA